CCGCUGUGCUCGCUCCACGCCCAGCCAUGGGGGACCUGCCGGGUGUCGUGCGCCUCUCCAUCGCGCUGCGCAUCCAGCCCAACGACGGCCCGGUCUUCUUCAAGGUGGACGGGCAGCGCUUCGGCCCGAACCGCACCAUCAAGCUGCUCACCGGCUCCUCCUACAAGGUGGAGGUGAAGAUUAAGCCCACCACGCUGCAAGUCGAGAACAUUUCCAUUGGUGGUGUGGUUGUCCCACUGGAGCUGAAGUCUAAAGAGCCUGAUGGGGACAGAAUUGUUUAUACGGGCACAUAUGACACAGAAGGUGUGGCCCCAACCAAGAGUGGAGAACGACAACCCAUCCAGAUCACAAUGCCGUUCACAGACAUUGGGACCUUCGAGACAGUAUGGCAAGUCAAGUUCUACAAUUACCACAAGCGAGAUCACUGCCAAUGGGGAAGCCCCUUCUCUGUCAUUGAGUAUGAAUGCAAGCCCAAUGAGACAUGCAGCCUCAUGUGGGUGAACAAGGAGUCCUUCCUCUGAAGAUGGCUCUUUCUGAUGUUGCUGGACAAUCUCUUCAACAAUCUACUUUCAGAUAACCCAGCACAAGCCUUGACCAAGGCACACGACACCAUUGCUAUUUCCCAUCGGGUGCUGAUGACCUACUGGCCCCGAUUACUUUGAAAGUGUAAUUCCCUUCUGAUGCCAUGUCCUUGACAUAAGAGAUUGUGGUGUACCAUCCCCGAGAAGAUCCCUUGCUGUGUUCUGUGUUGGUAUUCCUGCAUCCAGAUGUUCCUGGUCAUGCUGUCGACUGCUUGAGAGGAGCUCAGUGGAAUUGGCAGACAUAUCCCAUUCCUCACAAUUCCACUGAAUGACUGUGGUGU